GGCUCUCGUACGACGAUGCUGCGCCGCCGCCUGAGGCCGUGGCCGUGGCCGGCGGUGAGACGGCGGCUGUCGCGGCUGGCCCCGCCGGCGCCCGCGGCGGCGGCCCCGGUGGUGCGCGUGGAGAGCGGCAGCAACGUGGCCCGCCUCGGCGCGCCCAAGCCCGGGCCGAGGCCGCGGCAGCUGCUCUCCUUGCCGCCGUUCCCCGCCGGGGCCGACCCGCUCCCCGGGAGGAAGACGGCGGCGGCGGAGGCCUCUAGGCGCGUGUCGGCGGUGAGCUGGGUGAAGCACUGCUUCGCCGACGUGCCGCAGGAGGUCGUGCAGGCGCACUUCAACAAGAGGCAGGUUUUCGCCGAGUGCUCGGAUCAGGAAGUUUCGGCGGUGAGCAUUCGGAGCCAGGAGCAUCAUUUGAAAAAGAUCAAGCAUUCUGAGGUGAUGGAGCCUGGCAUGAGAAUUCAUCUUCCUGUGUCUGUUGCCGAGGCCGAGAUAAAGAAGCGGUAUGAGACCAUUCCUGCUGCGACGUUGCAUCCAAAUAAAGAUGAGAUUGAGUACCUGAAAAGGCUUGUCAUCUACAAGGACUCUGCCAUACUUGUGCUUAACAAGCCCCCAAAAGUGCCCAUGAAGGGGCACUUACCAGUACAUAACAGUAUGGAUGUACUUGCAGCAGCAGCCCUGUCAUAUGGAAAUGAAGAUGGUCCAAAAUUGGUCCAUCGACUGGACAGAGAUACUAGUGGUUUGCUGUUGAUGGGGAGAACAAAAGAAAGCUUCACUCGAUUGCACUGGCUCUUCACUAGUGUAAAAUUAGCAAGAACAGCUUCACCGAUAUGGAAUUCUGCCUGUGAAUCAUACUUGCAGAGGUACUGGGCAUUGGUCAUCGGGACUCCUAAAGAGAGUGAAGGGGUUAUAUCUGCUCCUCUCACAAAGGUACUUCUUGAUGAUGGGAAAGCUGAGAGGGUCAUUCUGGCGCAUCCCUCUGGCAUAGAUGGCGCACAAGAAGCUGUAACUGAGUAUCGAGUGAUGGGUCCAACCAUCAAUGGGUGCUCUUGGAUUGAGUUAUGCCCGUUGACAGGCCGAAAGCAUCAGCUCCGGGUGCACUGUGCAGAAGCCUUGGGCACUCCCAUCGUCGGAGAUUACAAAUACGGGUGGUUCGUGCACCAAAGGUGGAAGCAGAAUCCACAGCCAGAUUUUGAGCCGUUCACCGGGGAACAGUACAAGCUGAGGCGGCCUGAAGGCCUGGAGGUUCAGAAGGGCAGCGUUCUGUCUAAAGUCCCUUUGCUGCACCUGCAUUGCCGGGAGAUGGUGGUCCCGAACAUCGCGAAGUUCCUGAGCAACACCGGUGAUUGGCACGACGAUGGCACUCCAUGGUCCAAGGAGAAGCCCAAUCUCCUGAGGUUCAUCGCUCCGAUGCCCGCACACAUGAAAAUUAGCUGGAAUAUCAUGUCUUCCUACCUGGUGUGAUCAUGUCAUUCCGGCUCUAAGCUGAAUUUUUAGCUCCUCUAAGCUCACCGACUUGUCAGGCCCCAUGUCCACAUGUCAGUGACACAUGGCGCGUCCUUAUUCUGAAACUUAGAUCAAAGGAGUUUUAUGUAGGUUUUGUUUGUGAGUGUAGUGUAGAUUUGUAGCAGCAAUCAUCUCAGAAUCAGGGACAAACAGUUGACGUGAAUUCUGUAAUCUUUCUUACGAAGAGAAUACAAAUUGAUCAGUGUUGUUGUCA